GCUCCGACAUCCCGCCUGGGAGCGGGUGGCGUUUUGUUUUCUAUGGCCCCGCCACGGCUGCACAGGGGACGGAAUGGUUCAGAAGGACGAGCGGGCUUCAGCCGAUGAUGAAUGUCCACGCGUUUGUUCCCGCCUCCCGGAGCGCAGGCCCCGUCUCGCUGCCGCCACGCUCGCCACGAGCUGCGGGGCGCGUUACAGCGGCCACCUGGGCGAAACGAAAGAAGUUUUAGGGCGACUCUUUUCGAGCGCGCGAGGCGGAACAAUAGCUGUCUCGCAGCCAGGCGGUAGCUCCUUCUGCACGCAGAGCCCAGGAGCUACCCUGGGGCGCGCGGGCCCCUCUGCGGAACCCUUCGGGGCUUUCCUCCGCCCUGGGCAGCCGCGUCCCGCAGCGCACAAACCCGCCCGGCGGCCUCGCGCGACUGGGCGGGAAGGCUGAUUAAAACUCGCAGCAUUGGUUGGUUGGUGGUGUGAACCCCCCGCCCCCCCAGGCUCCGCUCCCUGGAGUUUUCAGCACGUGAGCACGCGACGCUGCCCGUUCUCCGAAGACCCCGCAGCCUUUCAGGAGGGAGGCAGCGCGCGCGCGCGCCAACCUCUCCAGCCAGCUCCUCCGGCGAGCUCCCCCCUCCACCCGCGCACCUGACUAGGAGCCUCCCCUCCUCCCUCCCGCGGGGGGGCUCCGUGCCUCGCCACCACCAGCGCCGCGCACAGGACUGUCCGGCAGCGGUGCUGCGAGGGCACGAGGCGGCGGCGGCGGCAGGGUGGCGGCGUAGAGCGGCGAGGAGAGCAGACAGCCCCCGGCAGCAGUGGCCGGGCGAAGAGGGGAACCACAGGCGCCCUGGGCACCGGCUGGGCUCCCUCCCUGCCCCGGCGCCAUGUGACCGACCCGUUCAGUGCAGCCCGGGGCAAAACGUCGGACUCGGUCCCCGCCCGCCCAGGCUGACCAGCCCCCGUGGCCAGGCAGGGGGUGACCGGCCCCCUUGUGAUCGCUGGGGCUGCCCCCGCCCGGCCGUGAUGCGCUGAGAGCCCCCCGGCCCGCAGCCCUGCUCCCAUGGGGAGGGGAGCCCAGGCGGCGGCCGCUGGCGCUGUGAGGGCGGCGCCCUGCUUGGCCGGGGCACCAUGAAGUCCCUGCUCCUCAGCCGCUUCCUGCUGCUGCUACCCUGGGGGCUCAUCGUCAUCCUCCUGCUGGACACGGACAGCAGCCGGGCGCCCCCCGCCCGGCCCCCGCAGCAGGCGGCCCCCCGGCGGCCGGCGCUGCCCCCCAUCUAUGCCAUCACCCCCACCUACAGCCGCCCGGUGCAGAAAGCCGAGCUCACCCGCCUGGCCAACACCUUCCGCCAGGUGGCGCGGCUGCACUGGGUCCUGGUGGAGGACGCGGCGCGGCGCAGCGAGCUGGUGAGCCGCUUCGUGGCGCGGGCCGGCCUGCCCUGCACCCACCUGCACGUCGCCACCCCGCGCAGGUACAAGCGGCCCGGCCUGCCGCGCGCCACCGAGCAGCGCAACGCCGGCCUGGCCUGGCUCCGGCAGCGACACCAGCACCUGCCGCCGCCGCAGCCCGGGGUGCUCUUCUUCGCCGACGACGACAACACCUACAGCCUGGAGCUCUUCGAGGAGAUGCGUACAACCCGCAAAGUAUCCGUGUGGCCUGUGGGGCUAGUGGGAGGUCGACGGUAUGAGCGCCCUGUAGUGGAAAAUGGCAAAGUUGUUGGCUGGUAUACUGGCUGGAGAGCAGACCGGCCGUUUGCCAUUGAUAUGGCAGGAUUUGCUGUGAGCCUUCAAGUGAUUCUGUCAAACCCUAAAGCUGUAUUCAAACGCCGUGGGUCUCAACCAGGAAUGCAAGAAUCUGAUUUUCUGAACCAGAUAACAACUGUGGAGGAGCUGGAACCAAAAGCAAACAAUUGCACAAAGGUUCUUGUAUGGCACACUCGAACAGAAAAGGUAAAUCUAGGUAAUGAGCCAAAAUUCCACCUAGACACAGUUAAAAUUGAGGUAUGAUCUGGAGAUAUAACUGUGUGGGACAUACUAUAUAGGAAAUGGAUGUGGCUGAAGAUGCCUGACUUCAGUCAAUUAAGAAUUCAAGCAGUGUACAAUCUACCACUCUGUGACAUCCUGCACGAGUCAUCUGAUGGACUUCUGUGCAAACAAAGAUUUGUCAGAUAAGCAAAUCUGAUAUCUUGAGACAUAACAUCUUUUGUCUUGUUUUGCAUGCAUUUCUCCACUCGGUAUCAUUGAACUGAAAUAUAAGCAUUUAUUUUAAGAGUUUCCCCAUAGUAAUACCAAUUAAGACAAACAACUGAAGUGCAACGUUUUCAAAAACGAGGAGUCCUUGUGGCACCUUACACAGCUACCAUGCUGAAACAUUUUCAAAAACAUUUAUCCAAUUUAAUUAAUGGAAUUAUUAUAAACUGGUUUUAGAUCGCAAAAUAUUGGUCACCAAAAAUAUUUGUUAAAAGCACCUUCCAGAUUAAAUGUGUUUUUCUUGUAUUAAACAACUUUCUUGAAGUUACAGUGACAAGGUAAAUCAUACAGUAUGAAAUAAAAACCACACAAUGGUUUAUGGCUUUUAUCUUUUUAAUAUAGGGAAAUUACAUUUUAUCAAUAUGAGGCACCAUAAAAUGUAAACACAAUUACUGUCAAACCUGGAUAUAUCUGCAAGGACAAAAAGUAUCCGUAUGUGAUAAGUUACCCUGUAUGCAUAUUGUGCAAUAAGUUCUCUAUAUUAGCACUAUGUAUACACGCAUGGAGCCAAAUUAUAUGUUUUGUCACAGGAAACUCAAAUGGAUCAAAUAUUCAUGUUUUAAAAGAAUAAACUAAAUAUGUGGAACUACA